AUAGUUAUAUAUGACCUGGUCUACGAAAAGGGAGCUAACGUGCGAAAACUAGUUUUCUGGGAAACAGCUUUUAAAAAUAAACAACAUCUCAUCUUCCAUCCGAAUCAACUAAAAAGUGAAAAUUGAUUUUUUGACACCGCCUUUCCGUAGACCAGGUCACAUAUAGUUGGAAAUUAGUGGUUAAUCACAUAGUCGACGAUUUGCGACUAUGCGGAUACUGAAAACCGAAUAUUAUUAUUCGAAUAAAGCCCUAUCCGGUUAAUUCGUUUAGUCAAUUACCAAGAGCUUUAGUUCCCAGUCAAUGGUGAUGGGUUCCUGAAAGACAAUUUUCGAUUGCAGACAAGUAAAUAUGAAAAUAUAAAUAACUUUUGGUAAAAUAUUUUAAAUUUUUGUGUUAAUUCUCGAUGAAAUUAUUCCUAGUUUAUAAUAAGCUAAGUACAGUUGAAAUUCUAUAACUCGAAUAUGUAUAACUCGAAGUUCUCCAUAACGUAAACUCUUGAAUUGGCAAUAGAAGUCAAAUUACCUUCCAUAAGUCUCUGAAACUCGAAGUUUUUUGUGGAUUAUGGUGAUUCGAAUUAUGGAAGUUCAACUUUAUUUUCAACUAUUUUUUUAACUUUUAGUUCUAUGAGGUGAAAUUACUUAAUUUGUACUAUUUUAUGCAUAAAUUAAAAUUAUGGGAUCUAUCUUCAACAACACCAUAGUAUCAAAUUCUUCACAUUAUGACAAAAUAAAAAUGAAGAUUUUUACUAUAAAUUAAAAACUGAACUGCAUCAGCUUAAGUCUACUAGCACAACUUUGCACGAAAGUAUAAAAAUAAUUAAAUUAAAUUUAAUGUCAAUUAAAUAAAAAUAAUUAAAUUCUUACAUACUUGAACUGAAAUGCAUGCGUCCUUACUGGUACCUACUCCGCACACGCACGCGAAAGUGAUACACUGUAAAAUGUUGAGUGUUUUCCCCAUUACAGGCACACAUACAUACAUAUGUAUAUAUGUUGCUAGUUAGAGUGGUUAGCGGUCGAAAUGCGGUAGGACAGCAUCUACGUACGUACGUGGGCUAUGCAAACGUCAUUAAUGCCGGUGCAUUCCCCCAAUUGAAUGAGCUCAACAACAAUGCAACCGAGAAGAGGCUGUCCCAUCACUUGAGAUUCUGUAACAAUGCGUUGAGCUGUUGAUGCAACUGUUGUUGCUGCUGCCGUUGCAAUUGCUAUAGCCAUGUUGCUGCUGCUGUUGCUUGCUUAUCAACGGCACUUUAGUGUAAUUAGUCGCUGCAGUGAGCAAUGAUGCGUGCGUGUGCGCCGCGGGCUGCCACAGUGAAGAGCCAAAUUCUACAAGUACUCACGCUGCCACUCCAAUAUAAACGUACAUACAACUUUAUUUAUCUACAUAGUUCAUAUAUACUUAUCUAUAUUUAUGUGGCAUUGUUUGUUUGUAUACAUUUUGGUCAAGUAUAUAUGUAUGUACACGCGACCGUUCUGCAGCGCAUUCUACUCUGCUAGGCAACCCAUCCAAACAUCCAUCCUGCUGUUGCUGUUAGUAGGUAUGCCUGCUAUCACUAGUCAAGACUGUUAUAUACAGCAGAAAAAUACUCGCAAGUACUCAAUUGAGCCAAAAACUAUUACUCGCUAUGACCGGCAACUAUCAGCCGUAUUUGUAUCUGUGUGUGAGUGCGUAUCUACACUCGUGCACACACAGAAAUAUAACAAUGGAAAUGUGUGUGUUUGAUGUCGGCGCACAGCAGGGGCGCAUUUUACGCUGCUUUGCCCAACGUUGCUAGCGCUCACUCUCCACCUUUAUGCGCUCAUUCAUUAGCGGCAAGUUGCCAGAUGGAUGGUAAAAAAUUUACCGAUUGGUAAAAGAAAAUGUCUAAUUUCGCUCAGUAGUGCGGAGAGCGUAAGAAUAUACAAAUUAGAAGAGCGUUCUCCGAUAUUUAACAAGAAUUUUAUAUAUUUCAUAAAUACAUUUGAACUUCUCUAAGACGAAUCAUCAAAAUCCACAAAAAAGCUUCGAGUUAUGGAAGAUAAUUUGUAUGAAAUUUGACUUUUAUUGUCCAUUCAAGAGUUGGAGUUAUGGAAAACUUCGAGUUACAGACGGUUGAGUUAUGGAAGUUCAACUGUAUAGAUUUUUUAAGUAUAUUCUGUGAAUAUCGAAGUUUCAGUAUCCAGCACAGUACCCUGAAAUUGUUCGAGAGACUGCAAAAAUGUCGAGAAUAUUACGCAUGAAAGCGUACUGUCGAUGUUCUAAUCCUUGGAGUUCAAUAGUGGAUUUUUUUUAUAUUUUUUUUAGUAUUUUUCGUUUACGAAAUGAUGUAAGUUUUCAAUAGCAUGCAAUGCAAAAUAUUUUUAAAUAUAAAGUGAAACCUUUUUUGCACGGACAGUCACCGUCAUGCGAUUUUUGUCCCCCCAAGAGAGAUGUCCGCCUAAGAGAGGGUCAUUUAUUCUAAACAUUUUACUUGGUGCAUGAAAAAAUGUCCGCUCAACCUGAAAGAUGUCUAUUUGUAGGGGUGUCCGCUAGGAGAGGUUCCUCUGAAAAAAUAUAUAAAUAUUUAAUUUAAUUUAACACAUUAUUCGAAGAAAAUCCUAAUUUUUAGAUUAGCGCAAAACCAAAUUUAUUUUUUAUUCCAUUUAAUUUCUUUUGCAAAAAAUAGAAAAACACACUAACUUUGAGUUAAACCAAUCGGACAACACACAGAUCUGGCAACGUAUUGGUUGAGCUUGCAAACAGCUGAGCGCAGCACAAAAUCAAGCCGAAAAUGAGUUGGUUUCCUAUUGUUAUUGCGAGCGUGUAGACGUCGCUGACGCUGACAGCGCCGGUAACGACGUCAGCAGCGCGAUAGCACCAGCCGACGACAGCCUCAUUGCCGUAUGGCCGUAUUGCCUCAGCUGACUGUGGCCAGCCGUACCGAAGUUAGUAUCAAUUCGUCUUUAGAAGCGUACGGUACAAUAGAGUGAAUGGUGAAUAAUAAGUUCGGAAAAUUGUAUAGAGUCCAGCGCCUAUAGACCAAGUAAAGCAAGAAUUGUAACAACAACAAGUGGCAUCAAUGUUUAAGCGCAGCAUCUCCAACAACAGCAACAACAACACAUACCAUUGCGGAUAAGUGAAGUGAAAUAAGUAAAUAAAAUAAAAGCGCAUAUUAAAAUGAGCAAAGAAUCAUAAAACGAUAUAUGUAAAUGCGCUUGAAUAAGUGAACUGAAAAGGAACACGCAUACAGCUGUAACUAAAUGUAUCAGUUAUAAGAAUACAUAUAUGAAUUUAAAGCAAAAGUGAGUGUGUGUGUGUGUAGCAGAAAAUUGAGUUUUAUUAAAUUUAUUUGCUGCUGCGCUAGUGCGACGUUUUCAACAUUGUUGCCAACAAUUGCGGGCGCGUCGUUAUCGUCGUGGCGCACAAGUAGCAAUUCACAAAAAUAUAUUUAAUUGUAUGUAUGUGAAGCAAAAAAAAAGCAACAAAAAAUUGUGAAAUUAACAUAAAAAAUACGAGGGACUGUAAAUAAGCAGAAAAGUGAGUGAGUGAGUGUAUAGUAAGGAAGCUAAAACAAUAACAAAGUGCAAAAAUCGUCCAUUAAAAAAAUAUAAACAGUGCUUGUUGGGGUGUGUGUGUACAGCGUUUUCAACAAUUCAACAAGUACAUACUGCUAAAAAUUACAAUAAAAAGUGAAAUACUAAGUGCAGCGACAAGUAGGAAGAUCGGUUGAAACAACAGAAAUGAACAGCGUUGACGGCGCACCCAAUGCCACGAUUUUAGCUGAGGGAGCACCAACAAAUACAAAUAUAAAUACAAAAACGACAACAACAACUGCUGCUGCAACUACUGUGGGCACUAAAACAACAGAUACGACAACAAUAACAACGCCGUCGAACGUAAUAAACCCAACGGUCGCCGAUGCCACCGAUGAAUUCCACGAAAGCGACAAAAAUGCGCGCAUCGUUGUCGUUGAUGAUGAGCAGCAGCAACAACCAGAACAAAAACAAAUACAGCGUAAUGAAGCGCCAAUAAAGCAAAUAAUAAUAACGACAAAAUCCAUAAGAGCAACUACUACUAAAGCAACAACAACAACGAACGGUGUCGUAGCAGUAACAAUGGGCAAUACUAAUAAAACCACUAUUGAAACAACAACAACAGACAAGAUUACUACAGCAAUAACAACAACAGCGCCAGCAACAACAAACGUGACAACAAAAAGCAUACAAGAUGCGCAGUAUAAUGACAUACCAAUGACAGAUAUGGCAACCGCAGAGGGAAAUUGCGACGGCUGUGGCGAUGGGAAUGACGCCGCCGCCACCAACAGCACCGCGACAGCAACGAUGUCCACCGCAACCGCCGUCAUUGAUAACACAACGACGUUGGCUAAGCCACAGCCAUUACGGACAACGGCGGCGACGGAAGGCGAUAAUUGCGAACUCAAUGAGUUGGAAUUGUGUCGCUGUUGUGGCAAGCCCAAUGUCACGCUCUAUGAUCUUUUCUCCAACAAUGCAAGCACAUUGGAGGGCGAUACAAAUGUAGACGCCACUGCUGCAGCCACUAUUAAACAAACAACAGUUGAUGAGAAUCUGGCGACAGCGUGCGAUAUUGCUGCGAACGUUGCCAAAAAUGGAGCAGAAAUAAAAAACAAAACGGCCGUUGUUGACACAACCAACGGUGCUGCGACGAAGAUCGAUGAGAGUGCCAAGACUAAUACACCGAAGCGUUGUUAUCGCACUAUUGCCGCAUCUAUUGCGGCGGCGGCCGCUAGCAGCACCAACACAACUGCUGAUUCGUGCAACACUGGCGCUCCCACCUGCCAAAAAACCAAUGACCCAAUUGCGGCCACCGCCGUCAAUAGUGACGGUGUUGCGGCGGCUGAUCGCGGCGCAGAGGUCGCGCCAUCGACGGCACAUACAAGUGCUGCGCGUGUGAAACAAUCUGCAACAGUUGCCGCUCAUGCGGACGAUGCGACCAACAAUGCAGAUGCCCAGGGACAAAGCAGCGACAACAUGGAGAAUAUUUUGCAAGAGAUGCAAAUGUGGCGUUUACGGAUAAAAUCCCAUGAUGGACUGCCACAGCGUAUCUGCCCGAAAUGUGCCGCGCAAUUCUAUAUUAUCCACAAGUUUCGUCGUAAAUGCCUCAAGGUACAAAUCAGAUUGCGUUCACUCUUCGACAAGACCAAGUGUUGGGAAUAUGAAGAGCUGUUGGCGCGAGUGGUGGCCGAGCAAACGGCGGAACAGCCGACGACGCCGCAACAUUCGAAGACGAAAUCGAAGCCAAAUAAUUGCCAAAGACUGCGCAACCAGGAGACGCAAACCACAGACGAACUGGAGACCGCGUUGAGCGUGAAUCUGCCACCGGUGUUGGACAUUGGCAACGAUUUAAUUAACGAUAACUACAGCAAAUCGCCGCGUUCGGGGCUGGAACUUAACGUCAAUGCGGCCAAUGCCGGCAAAACGUCUAAUAACACGGCGAGUCGGAGCGGUAAUGGCAACAGCAGUGAGACGUUCCAGCGCCGUGCUGUAGAGCAGACAGCAAUCGCAACAGCAACAAUAAGAACGUCUUCCCCCUGCGCGCUACAAAAGCCAUUACUGGGCGUUGAACCAACAAAGCCCAAAACUAAAGUGCCAAACAAUGAUUUGAUGGUGUUGGAUGUUGAGGCGGCUCUGGAGUGUGAUGUAAAUAGGCGGCGGAGCGGUCGAAGCGUCGAUCAAGAGUCACUGCUGGCAACGCAUAUUAUUUUUAAGCCAGCAACGGCGACGGAACGUGCAAAAGCCAACAAGAGCACCGGCUCAAUAACAACCACAACCACAACGACGACUGUGAUGAUGCGAACGCGAUCGGCGCGAAAAAGGCCGAUUAGUUGCCAGCAAAGCCAUGAGGAUGAAUUAUCCUUGGCCGCACGGGUGGAAGAUGAGGCGCGAGCAGAUGAUUGUCUUGCCGCUGUUAAUGACGUUGAUGAUGAUGAUGACGAUGAGGUGAAAAAUGAGGCAUUGCCACGGACAGACGACGAAGUGCCGACCGACGCCGUACAGUCUGUGGCGGCCAUAGCCAAAACGGCGUCGUUAUGCACGUUCCCGUCUCCAACGUACUGCAGCGGCGAACCAAAGCAUGCCGAAAAUUGUGUGCAACGCGAGAAACGUGCAAGAGAACGGGAACGGGAGCGUGGCGGUGUUUGCGAAUGUGUACGCGAAGAAGAGCGAGAAACAGAAGCGGAAAUCGCGUCAGCAGCAGUAUUUAUGGAUACGCGACACGCCCACUCUUGCAGAGCGACGAUGAAAGGGGCGUUAGCGACGGCGGCGGCAGCGGCGAUCUUAUGCGAUGCGGACACGUUAAUAGCGUGUUGUGGCGGUGAUUGCGGCGGCAAUGUUGUUAAAGCUAUCGCAGAUGAGCCCCUGACUGAAAUUUCGAGGUCUUCGCGGCACAAUAAGGCAGACUACGACGUCGUCGAUUUGUUACAACCAGCUGUUGUUGUUAACACUGUUCAGGCAACAGCAAAGGACGUCGACACAUCGUCGGUGCAACAGAAACCGAUUAGCGGUCAAGCGGUCACAACAACACCAACAAUUGGUAAUAAUAUCAAAAUGAGCGCGACUACAACGGUGGCGGUGACGGCGGUGAAGGAGUUAACUAAAGCACCGACGAAUGAUGUACAAAGCAGUAAACAAACAGUGGAAGCGUACGAGAUUAGUAAUUUGCCAAUUUUGCCGGCAACAACGACGAAUACGACGACGUGCAACAACGAGGCUGUGAAAGAUGGUGCGGCUGCUUUGCAGAUAAUUGUCAGUGAAACUGUUGCAAGUAAGGCGACGGCGACGGCGGCGGCAGUUGUGGAUAAUAAUAAGGGAGUUGCUGGCAACACUUUAAAGUCAAGUUUGAAUUGUACUUUGAGUCUGAGUAAUGUGCAGGACGACGGCUGCGGUGUUGGCGGUAAGCAUCAUUUGCAAACUGACAAACGUUUGGCUGCUGAAAAUCUGCCUGUUACCGUGGACGCUGAUGGUAAUGGUGAUGAUGAAGGCGUUGAAACGCUAAUGGCAACAGUCGAACAGCGAACACCAACAACAGCCGAUCACAAAGCCAACAUUGAAACUAUUAAGUCUGAUGCAACCGCCGCCACAGCUAUGAUCUCAGCGGAAACCGAAUUGCUAGAAACGGAAUCCGUAAUAGACCCAAACUCCGCCAGUGCUGUGUCCGCUUUCAUAACGAAAGCUGCACUCAAAGCAUAUAGCACUUCACCGAAAUGUCGUUCAUUCGCACGACGCCAUAUGCAGCACAAGCUGCGACGCACUUUGAAGGGACCUAUCGUUCAGCUGCUCGCCAACUCACCAGCCUCUACGUCGGCUGCCGCGGCGGCUUUCACGGCCAUGCAUUACAAGAAGAAACAGUUACGACGUAGUCUUACAAAACUAACGAAUGAUGUUGAUGCACCCCCAGUUUCAACGGCCACUAAUGACAACGUUACUAGUAGCAUAGCGGAAGGCGCUAACUCUACGACGACCACACCACCACAAUCAACAUUCUCCUAUUAUGCGACAGCGCGUCGUGGCCGACGACGGCUUAAAUGGCGCGCACGCUCUCGCCUCCCUUGCUUCGAUAAACACUCACGCACAGAGAGCGCCACAACUGAUUGUGAAGUAGACGUAGAUAAGGCGGUGCCAAUGAUACGGCUACCAUCAUGUUUUGUACGCUUACGGCGCUUAGAACCCCGUGAGUUGUACGAAGAGAUGACAAAGUCUGUGACGGUGACAACCGCAACAGAUGCAAAGCAACACACGAACGAAACAGACGUCCAAAUGGCUCCGCCACUGGACAAAGAAUGCAUAGCAUUAAAAGCCACUGACGCGUCUGAAGAUGCGGCUAAUACGCGUCUAGCGCUCAAACGUAAACUACCAGCGGAUGAAAACGAAAGCACACAAUCGACGCGUUCACCUUGGCGCACCAAAGCCGAAAUGAAGGAAAGCUUACAGGAACAGACUUCUAUAGAUGAUGAGGAAGACCUUGAACAGAAUGAGCUCGCCGCACCACUUGAACUUGUACCGUUUACGAUUCCCACCGAAAUUCAAAAGACUGAGUUAAGCCUAACUGAGACGGCUUACAGCACAGAUGGAGAUAGUACCACGACAACCGCGAACGGAAUUUGCACAGAGCGGCGUAGCAAACGUAUUAAAAAGCGGCGUAAAUUAUUGGAGGAGACACGAAAAGGUGUUGUGACGCAAGGUGACAGUGCGCCCGACGGCAAAGUGUUGCCCAUUAUCUUGAAGUUAGUGCAAGAGAAGCGUCCGGAUUCCUGUGACUCCUGCUCAACCAAACAAACUGCUGACAAAACCAACGUUGCGUCGAGUUCACAAUACGCUUUGCCACGCCCCUUGACAGCGGCGCGUUAUCAUGUUGUGGGCAACUUGUCUAAACCGCUGAAUACAGAGCUGGCUGGUAGUGAGUCGCUAAAACGACGUCGUUCCCGGCCGAAACGCUCUUGCUGUCGCGAUAGCUGUAGCCUCACUGAUGACGCAGCCACAACUGAGGACGAACAUGCGCCAAAUGUGAUGCACAAACCAGACAACACCAGCCUGCCGCCACAGCUUAUCAGCCAAAAUAAAGGCAAGAUGGUAAUAGAUAACGUGAGUAUAUUGAGUGUCCAUGCCAGUAGUGAGGCCACCAAAGAAAAUUGUGAUAAUAAUAAGAAGAGCGUCGCAGCGACCUCUACGUCUGGCACGUCGGUCAGCUCAAGCUCAGACAAGAUUUCGACCAGCCAGUUAUUGCCUUCGCCGCCCACUUCAAGUGAACCAACGAAGACCACUACUGAUAUGGCGUCACUUUCCGCCAUUAAGUUGACUCCAACUAAAACUACGCCUGCCGCAUCAAUGUCACUUAAGACCUUUUCUACGCUUAUGUCCAACACAACAAAGACUUCACUGUUUACCUCUCCGGUCAAAGCGGAUAUUAUAGAGUCACCCACAAAGAUUUCACCGCAAACGUCACCAGCGAAGGUGACAGCGCUCGCAUCGCCUACAUCAACGACAAACGCCAAUCCAGUGUCUGUGCUCUUGCGCAAUCAGUUAAUUGUACGUGUACCGCUAUCCGCACUAUCUGCAGAUUUCCAAAAGAAAUUCUUCAAAACAACAAAUGUGCAGAAAACUCCUAUCAAAGCGACCUUGUCCGACAUCUCAGCGUUGACCACCGAGACGACUAAAGUGUCCGCGCUGACAGAAAAACUGACGACAAGCUCCCAAGAGACAGAGAAACCUGAAGAUGCUGAGACCGCGCAUAACAAUGAAGCGAGGAGAGAGUCAACACAAGCGAAAGAGGACAGCAAUAACCACAGCGACAGUGACAACGUUGCUGAAAACAAAGCCGUAACCAACAGUGACCUUGAAACAACUGCAGAAACUUGUAUAAAAUCAAUUGAACUGCCGGAUGCUAACUCCGAAAAUCAGCCAACUGACGAAGACCACUCUUCGGAACACAAAGCAAAGCCAGAACAACCAUCAGCGGGUGCCCCUAAUGCACAAUUUAUGCCCUACAACGGAUACGGCUGCGGCAGUAGCCAGUAUGAAAGCGAGCAAAGUGACUUUAUGGGCUUUAGCGACGGCUCAAGUCCGAAUCGGCGCGUGGAGUGUUUACCGAACAACAGUGCAUUAUACACGAGUUGCGCCGUGCCAACAAUCUCCACAGAUACGCCAGCCAACACGGACAAUUUGGCUGGUGCGAAAUUGCAUGAUUUCAUAAGUGAAUUCGCACCUGAAUUCGCUGAUGUGUCCGAAGCGCCGCAAGCCAAUGAAUUGCAAGCCACCUUGCCGGCCGGCGAAGUGACCGCUGCACUACUCGCCGAAGCUGAGGCGGAAGCCGAGACAGUUGCAACUCAACAACAUACACAGCUGUUAAGCGAAACGAACUUGAGUGAGAUGCAGGACGUGGAGACCACACUGAGUGGCAUACUCAAUGAAAUGCAGGAUCAGCAUAUCUACACGCCGGUCUCGUCUAGCGCAGAUGACUUUUUCGCACAAUCCGUCUACUCGCCGCUCUCUGAACCACCAACCACGCCCACACACAGCAUGUACGCCGAAAGUCCGCUCGGUGGUGUUGGCAGUGUGGGCAGCAGCAGCAUGGCCGGCGGUGGUGGCAGUUUGUCGGUGGCCUCCAGCCCUUACGUCCAACAUAUGCACAUGGAACCGACGAGCGUGAGCAGUGGACAGAUGUCAGAGCCGUCACCAUUGCCAGCGCCGAUGUCCGUCGGUCCACCGACACAUCAGCAGUCGAAUACACAGCAGGCGCAGGGUGCCGCUGCCGGUUAUGGCAAGCAAUAUGGCAACAAAUAUGGUGAAUGCUUCACGGAGGAUAGCACGCAGUCGGAGUUGAUCGGCUUCCAAAAUGAUAUACCCUGUUUUGAAAACAUUGAGUUGGCGGGAGCAGCUGCUAACAAUGCGUCAGCUAGUCCGGCGAGCAGCCACAAUGAGCAAAGCCCGCGUGACUUGGAAAUGCGCGCAUUAGCGUCGGUGUCUCUUGAGGAGGCGACUAAUUGCAAGGUGGGCGUUGCAAAGGCGGAGACUCUACAGUAUUUGAGCACGGACUUGAACGCCUGCGUCAACGAGGCUAACAACGGUGUGCAGGUGCAUGCGCCGGCAACUAACUUACCCGUUGAGUGUGGUGCAAACGAUAGCACUUCGAAGGAGUAUGCGGUGGACAACGCGGCGUUCGCGCAGCUGCUGAAUGAUAUCCAGGAGACUGAGAGGGUGGUGGAGCGUGCGCGUGCACAGUUGCAAGAGGAUGAGGAGCAUGAUGAAGUGGCGCAAAAGAAACAACACCACAGACGACUUCAACACCAUGUUGUACCACAACAGCAGCAACAACAAUUGUUGCCAUCUGAGGGUGCGCAAUCAACACAAUUAAUUCAACAUCGACAACUGCAACUGCAACAACAACAGCUGCCACAGACGGAGCUGCUCUUGCAACAGCAACGUGAAGAAGAGUUACUCAAACAACAGCAGUUGCUGCAACAACAGCAGCAACAACAAGAACAUCUGCUUCAGCAGAAAUUGUUGGAGCAACAGCAGCAGGAGCAGCUAAUGCAACAACAAAUGUUGGAGCAACAACGUCGACACCAACAACAGCAGCAGCAGCAACAGCUUUUGGAACAACAACGUUUACGGCAGCGUCAGCAACAACAACAGAUGUUGGAGCAGCAACGCAAACAACAACAACAGCAACAUCAACACCCACAAAUUAUUCACCAGACUAUGCUUGCCACACCCAAGCAACAACACGCACACGUGCAGGCUCAACCCAGUCAGCAACAAAAACAACACUACAUCACCUUGCCGCCCAGCUGCGCUUACGAGGCGGCCCAAUUGCAAUUGGCACAAGCAGCCAACACCAUACAACCAAUACAAAAUCUUGGCGUUGGUGUCAACCUGUACGCCCACGGUCUGGGCAGCGGCCAAGAAAUUCAAUGGACGUCCAGUGCCGAUCUCACGAGUCUUUCGCCGGCCAUCAUUGAGGCGCCAGCCGCCGGCGGUGGCACCACCACCUACUACAUUAGUGCCAGCGAUUUGUAUCAGCCCAAUUUGAUUGCCUCCACCGGUAUGUCGCCGCAUUUGGCUGGCACUCCGCAACAACAUGGCCACCACCAACAACAACAACAGCAGCAUCGGCAAGCGCUUGAAUUGCAUAAAUCAUCGGCCGUCGAUGCGAAUGAGAAUUACAUAGAUGGCGCUGCUGCUACAACACAACAUCGUCCUGCGUGCCAACAACAAGCACAACAGCAGCAGCAACAAAUAAUGAUUGUAAUACCGCAAGAUUAUGGUAAGCCCGGCAGUAAUGGCGCCACCCCACAAUUAUACGCCACAACCGCCAGCGCACCUGAACCGCCGACCACAUAUCAAUUGUCGCAGGCGCCGCAAGCCGUAAUCAUGCAACACGCACAACCACAAAUGACGAGCCAACCGCUGCCGCACAUGUCAACCGUACAGGUGAAUGGCAUCAAUUUGAGUCCACAAUUUAUCGCUUCAUCUGCAGUGAACUCAGCCCAACGCACGCUGCAUCAGACGCCGCCUCCGCGCCAUGUACAACACUAUCAGUUGCACAACGCCACACCACCACCGCAUUCAGCCUCCGCGCAGGCUGCUAAUCGUCCGCCGCGCUGCGCUUCAACACCCUCCGCAUCACACUACCAACAACGGCAACAGCAUCCGCAGCAACAACUGCAACUGCAAGCUGUGCACACGCCGCCACAAGUACGCGUGUUGCAGCAAACGCGCGCACGUCAACCCGGCAUGCAGCAACUACAAUUGAUCCAACCGCAUCCGCAACCACAAACAGCGAAACCAAUAGCAACAAUUGCAGCCAAAACGAGCACAACAACACAAAAAGUCAACUUGGUUUGUCGCUUCUGUCACAAACGCCCCAAGUUUACCAGCAAUCUCGACUACAGCAAUCACAUUAUUGCGAUGCAUCCGGUGGAGACGCCAUUCAAUUGUCCCCACUGCCCGAUGCAUUUUACGCGUCGCGUAAAACGUCAACAACACAUUGUCGAAGAGCACGGCGCACAACGCUUCCAAUGCGCCCAAUGCGGCCAAAGUUUCUGCACACAACGCGCACUCGAUCAGCAUCUGCAACGCGCCCAUGCCUUGGAGCCCACACAGCCGCUGCAAACGCCAGCGCCAAAGCAAUCGCCCUCACAGUCACCGGCGGUCGGUGGCGCGCAGCAACGUUUCUCGCGGCAACCAGCACAAAAUUUGGCGACCGCACAGCCCGCGGCGGCAGCGCAUCAAUCGCAACAAUCACCACAGCGGCGUAAAUGUUUCCUGCAACAGCGGCCAACGUGGCUGGAGAGUCGCCACCGCAAUACGGCAAUGGCCUCGACAGCAGCCGCGGCCGCCGCCGCAGCGUCCAAUGCGCAAACGUCGAUGGUGCGUGUCGAGGAUGUGCAUCUGCAAGUGUGCGACGAUGCGGCUAAAGUCAAGAAAUCCAUCGAUUUGCAAUUGGACACCACGCAAUUGACUGCUGAGUCCACAACAACAACAACAAAACACAAUCCAGCCGGCGGCAUUCACACGCCAUCGCCCAGCUCGAGUGGUGGCAAGCCACAACGCAUACUCUGCUGCCCCGAUUGUGAUGACCCUUUCAAUGAAGAUCAUGCACAUGCGCAACCGUGCGCUGCAACGCAGCAACAGCAACAACAACAGCAACUGCAAGCGCAAACACAACAACAGCACGAUGACUUAGACCAACAAUUGGAGGAUGAAAAUGCAUUUGAGCAACAACAGCAACCACAGCAAAUUGACGAAGAAUCACUGCAACGAUGCAACAAACGCGCCGCACACGUUACACUACCCUCACCGGAGCAAACGGAACCCGACAGCACUUCCACCAACACAGCCACUUUGCGGCAUUUCCGCAAGCGACGCGCCAGCGCCAAAUUGGCUGGCAUAUCGGCCGAAGCUGGUGGCAACAAUACCAACGUUGCGCUAAUGGCGAGCGGCAAUGCGAACACCAGCGAAGACGAAUUACUGCUAAUGGAACGCGUCAUGCGCAACAGUCAUAAUUGUCUCUUCUGCGAUGCACGCUUCACCAAUGACAUAGCGUUGCGCAAACAUCAUCAACUAGCGCACAGCAAUCAAGCCUCCAUGCCGUUUGUUUGUUCGAUUUGUAAGCGCGGCUAUCGCAUACGCUCCGCCCUGCAACGACACAUGGAGUCGCACGACAGUGAGGGGCGACCGUACGAGUGUACGCUGUGUCAUGUGCGUUUCCCGCGUCCCUCCCAGCUGACGUUGCACAAAUUAACGGUGCACUUUUUGCGCAAACCGCAUGCCUGCGAGGUGUGUGGCAAACAAUUUGGCACGGAGAGCGCACUGAAGACGCACAGCAAAUUUCAUGCAGCACACAUGAAGAGCCAUAUGCCUUUGGGCGUUUUUAUGUCCGACGAUGCCAUACAGCUGCCACAGCACCAGCCAGCGGAGGCAGAACUGCAACAAUCGGCGCCGGAGUACAUCGAAGAGGAUGAGGUGGAGGCCAUGACAGCGGUGGCACAUGAAGAGGUUGUGGUGGCGCAGCAACAGUCGUCAUUCGAAAUGGAACAACCACAAGAGCAGGCUGUACGCGAACAACAAGAGUUAGAGCAGCUGCUUGAAGAUGAGCAGGAGGAAGCACAAACAGCUGAAGCACAUGUUGAUCUUGAUGAUGAAAUGACCGGCACCCCAAUGGUAGCGCAUAGUGCCGAUGAUGAGCAACAGGAGCAACAAGUGGAUGAGCACGAAGCGGCAGUGGUGGGCAAUGAGUCAACACAACAAAAUGCUGAUGAUAUAAUGUUUGCGGCCAGCUGCAGCCCCAGCACCACCACUGGCGCCAGCCCAUAUGCCUUUGUGGCAGAUGCCAGCAGUCACAUUAACCAUUCCGAUAUAAGCACCACCAGCAGCAGCGCCGUCAGUGGCAACAUCAGCACCAGCGCUGCAAACAACAAUCGCAGUGAGGUUGCUAGCGGUUGCAGCAGUAGCGCUAAAUAGUCUCCGGCCAUUGCGUACAUUGUAGGCCAAAAGCCACCGACGAUUGUGCUCUACUAUUGUGCGGAAAAAUAACAGGAGGAGGAGGAGGAGGAGGAGAAGGUGGUGAAGAAUCAAACAACAUGCUACAGCUAGUAGUAGCGCAACGGUGUUGCAGCGUGGGAAGUGAAGGGAUAAGCACAAGCGCUAUGCGCCCUAUAACAACAAUACAAAUAACAUUAAAAAAAAACAACAACAGAUAUCGUGAUGUCUACAUUGACCUAAAUUGAGAAUAACACAAACUCAUUUUCUUAUCCAGUCCAAUUUGCUCAUUUGCUAUUUACAGUUAUGUUUUUAAAUCGAUAAAAUUGGUAUUGUGCUCUCGAGCUUUUUUCUUAAUUUUUUGUUGCAAAAAUUAAUUUAAUUAUUUUAAUUGGCUUAUAUUAUUAUAUGCCUUGCUAAUUACACAAAUAAAUAAUUGCAAAUUUUUAAAAUAAUUUAUAAAAAAAACUAAUUAUAAUUGUAAUUAUAAAUUUAUAAUUGUAAUUUUAGAGCAUUAAUUAAAUGCAUGAUUAGAAAAAUAAUUUAAAAAUAAAUAAAUUGUAUUGAAUGAUGUAAUUUAAUAAUAAUUUCCAUUUUUAUUAUAAAAAACUAGACUAUAAACAUUAAACAUGAUUACUUAAAAUAUGAAUACAUUACAUAUCAUACUUUCAUUUAUUCGAUUUAAUUUGUUAACGGCACAAUUUUGCUCUCCAAUACUACUAAUUUUAACUCAUUACACUACAUUAAUUUAUUUAAUUAUAAUUAUUAUUCAGUUAUAAUAAAUAUAAUUAUGUAAUUACAAUUAAAAAUUAAUUUUAAAAAAUAUAUCUAAGCACACAUCUAUUUUAUUUAUAAUUAAUUACAUCGUGUACAUUAAAUACGAUUACUUUAUACAUUCUCUUUUGUGUCCCACCCACCAAAUGUCAUUUCCAUUUUUCUUAUAUAUAUAUAUAUAAUUGACUUCCAUUCAAUGAAAACUUUGAGCUGUAAUUUGCCAUUGCGCCAAAACUAUAUAUGUAUAUACUUUUGCAAACAAAAAAUCGUUACAUUCAAGAGCUAAGUUAUAAGUAGCUGUAUAUUGUAGGUACAUAUGUAAUUUUGCUUACUAUUAAAAAAUAAUUUUAUUUUAAUGCUUGGUACGCGUAUGUUAUGUAAUAAUUGUAAUUGAAUGUAAUACAAAUUAAUUAAAAUUACAAAACAUAACCUUAAAAAUGCUAAAAAAUAUGUGUCCAGUUACCAAAAGACUUCUUAAUGAAAUUUCCUAAUUAAAAGCAUAAUUAUUGUAUGUAAACUAAAAUAACAACGGUAAAAUUAAUAAUAGGUUAAUUAUUAUUUAAAUUUAUCCAAGAAUAUUAGCUGUGCUAAAUGUAAAUAUUGUAGUAAGAAGUGCUAUAAUUCUGUAUAACCAGCUGGUGUAUGUACAUAUUCUCAUCUUUAUACAAAUUCGCCAUACAUCAAUCCAUUCCAUAGCCAUAGUUGCUAUGCAGUUGCUAAACGACUUUUACGUACAUAUUUAUCUUUUCACAUUUAAUUGUAUGUAUGUUAAUUUACAUAAAAAAAGUUUGUUAGACUAAAUUUUUUUAUGAAAAAAUAAUUCUUUGCUAUUUAUUAGUGAUAUCAUACAAUAUUUUUAUUGAAUAUUUUUGUUUUUAUUUUUUUUUUUUUUGUAUUACACUCUGUUAUUAUUUUAUUUUAUUUUUUUUUUUAAUUAUUAUUUUAUUUUAAAUUUAGCAUUUUUAUACUAUUUUUUUAAAUUCAUUUUUGUGAGUUACUAUUUUUUAUUUUUAUUUUUUAUUUAUUACUUCAUUAUAUUUUCUGUUUUUUUUUCAUAUUUCCAUUUUAAUUUUUACUUUUUUUAUAAUUUUCUUAAUUUUGAUAUUGCUGCCGGCUAUUAAAUGUAUGCACAUUCACUUACUUGCCAUAAAGUCGACAACUAAAGCAUUAGCGUGUAUUUGGUUUUCUAGUUUAAAUUAAAACAAAAUAAAGAAACGAAUUUUGACUACAUUUGAAAAUUAUAAUUUUUCAAAAAAGUUUAAACUUAAAAUUAAAAAUAAAAAAAUAACUUUUAAUUGUUAUUUACAUUUAAUUUGAGUAAAACUUUCAAUUUUCACAAUUCAUUUAUAGUUUUCAUAAUUUAUUCAUUUUUAUUCUAAAUUAUAUUAAAAAAAUUUAAUUAACGGUAAUUUUAUUGCUUCACAGUAGUUUUAUUGUUUAAUAAGGCAUUGAAUUUUUUUAUGUACAACUUUUUAAAGAAAUUUUUCCUAAAAUAAUUAAUUGAAAAUAAUAUUUAUUUAGUAAACUAUUUAAUUAAACCCAUUUAUUCUCUUUUUUUGUCAAAAUCUUAUUUGUAUCUUUUGUUUAAGCGCUAUUUGAUUUUUUUUUGCUUUUUUUCAUAAUUUUCCAUUAAAAAAAUUGCAUUCCAAAAAUUCCAUUAUUUCAGCUCUCAAGCAAAUUUUGAUGCAUAGAAACUUGCCUAGAAAACAUACCAAAUUAAAUUAAUUGGCGCUGCUUUACAUAUGUAUGUAAUAGAGCCAAGUUUUUGCUGUUUACAAAAACUUGUGUUUAUUUUGCUUAGAAACACUCACAUAAAAAAAGAUUUUAUAUGUUUUCAUGAAAAAUAUCCAAUUAGAAAAUAUCCAAUUAGAAUUAGCAUUAAUAAUUAUUUGUUUGCUAUAAAUUUCCUAUAAUUUCGGUAAAUAUUUGUUUUCUACACCUUAUUUUUUUAAGAACACAUUGUUUGAAGUGGCGACUUCAUCGAUAUAGUGAAAUUAAUAAUUAACCUUAUUUUACUCAUAUUUAUAUUAUUUUUUUUUAUUAUCAUAAUAAUUAUAAUUAUUAAAUUUUAUUGCAUAAUUUGCAUUAUGAUUUAUUUUUCGAAAAGCCUGCAUGCAACAAUGUUCUCGCAUACAAAUGUACAUAUUUCCAGAAAUUAUCCAACAAUGAAAUGAACUCUAGUGCCUAAAUGUAAUAUUAGAAAUUCUUAUUUUUGUUAACAGCAUACACCUGCAUACAUGUAUGUAUGUACACGUAUAAUAAACAUAAAAAAUAUAUAUUGUAUAUAAAAAUAUAUGUAACUCAAUGCACACGCUCUUCAUAUACAUAUAUAUGGAUUUUAUCUCAAUGUCAACUUGUGAAAUGCUUCGGAAAAUUAAUAUAUAAAAAAUAAAUUGAAUAAAAUCAAAAAAGUUGAAAGAAAUCAUGAAAUCACAUAAUACCAAAAAUCUGCUUUGAACACUCCGAUAUUAUACUUAAUAUGGACUAAUUUAUUUGAAUACCAAAACUAAAAGCAAAAAUACUUAUUUUACUUUAUAAAAUUGUUUAUGUAAAAUAAUAAUUUUUCAAGUUUUCAAUAAAGUUAUUGAAUAAUCAAACUUUUAAUUGUUUGAAAAACUUCUUUAUGAAUCAAAAUUACAAAACAUAUGAUUUUUAUGAAAAAAUAAGAACAAAUUAUUUAAAAUAUUAGUAAUUAGCGCUAAAUGAAAUGAAGUUCCACACUAAAGACUUAAGUUAUUUAUAAAAAAAAUGCUAUAAUUUAAUAAUCUCAUAAGAAAUUAAUUUACUGCUGCCAAAAAUGCGCGAAACAAAAAACGAAACAACUGAAAUCAUGCCAACAUACUUCUU